AUGAGCUCGCGAUCGCGCUCUAAGGACAAUAUUUAUUUGGUAUGUGAAAUAUCACAGUCUAUGAGGGCCUGUCACUACAGUCAUUAGCGAUCCAUUUUUUCCGCUUUAUUCUUGUCGCUAGGAUUAAGUCCGUUUCUUUGCUUUUACAAAUGCCCUUAUGUUAUACGCGCGCUCUUGCCUAAGUUUGCGCGGAGCCGUAGAACUUACUACUGUGAUCUCGAAGAGUUGUGUUUUACAUCCUGUUUAUCGUUGUUGAUGAUAACCGCAGGUCCUAUCUGUUAACGAGUAUCGAUUGAUUACUGCAAAUUUUGCCCGAAAUCGCUCCCGCUUGUAAGGUAUGUCAGGUCUCUGUUUAUUCUGCCUCGCAAUCAACGCGUUCCCAUUUAUCGGUUGAAAAAGCAACUUUACCAUAGCAGGCCUCGGUAAAAACGCUCUCGGCACCACUUUUAUAACCGGGCCUGGUGUCUGUCCUCUGAGCGGUCGACCCCAUCUUCCGGUGUAGUCGCGUUAGUUUUAUGAGUGACGCAUAGAGGCAGCUGGCCGAUCCGUGAUUACUAAGUCCGCUCUCGCGAUAAGGCAACAAGACGAAACACCCACUGGGAGACUGAUCGCGUCCAACUCGCUCGUGCUCUUAUCGGCUAUCCAUUACAGCCUAGGCGGCUGCACCAUUCAUGGUACCGCACAGAACUCUCAUCAGGCAACUUCUUUAGAAGGAACUAACCUUGAUAGAACGUCAUACAGUGUGUCCGCUUUGCGUACGGGAUGCGCUUCGACGUCAGAGCCCCAUUUGCCAUCAACACUGGUGUUUGGCGGUCGGGACAUCAGAUCAGCGCUUGCCAAUGACAACUAUACCACACGGUGUUACAAUGAACACUCUUAAAUGUUGACGACAAGGGCCUUUGUUUUGACACAUUGAGUGCUCCGUCGGGCCACCUCGGAAUAUGUUGAGGAUCCUGAGAGGGUGGCACCUAGGAUUAGUCGGUUAGACGCCAGCUAACUCAUCGCCAGAGCAGUCUGAGCCCUAUGCAAUGAAAUGUCGUCAUCGGCAAAGGGAUUCGUCCCACGUUUCGGGCCCGUUUUCAUAUGGUCGAACAUCGCACGCAUGGCAACAGUGAUAUGGACACGCCAAAGACGCCUUUCACCGUCACUUAUCAAUUUCAUCCCAUCUGGCGCGGAUUACCUGUUUUGACACCGCAUUCGUACUUAUCGCACUUAACACAGUACCUUUAGACCUUUACCCUAGUAACAAAUAUGAUCAUUGUCAAGAAUGACGGACCCACCAUCAAUCUGCACGGAUGUCCUUGGUUUUUCUUACACGGAUGCAUGCACGUGGUACUGUGGAUAGUAAUUAACUUUCCUGACAAUGUUACUGCUACGAUUACGUUGCAAAUAGGUGACAACUACGCUAGUUUGUUCGUACAUAAAUCCCGUUGUACCAUCGGCUGACGGUCGCGUCAUAUAGGGACCGUUCCAUGAAGUCGGGAUUCCCAAAUACCUGAAUCAAAGACUUAUACCGGACAGACUCAGUGGUGACGUCUACUUCAUGUCAGCACCGUAACACUUGUUCGUGACGUUGCAGAGAUCGUCCUAAAGUUAAAGGAAAACCAAUUUCUACUGAGUAGCCAUCUCAGCCGUCAUCCUUUAUCGCCGCCGCCAGUAGUAGUCCAGGUAUUAAACACAUGGACUGGACAGUUCAGACCACCGAACCAUGUUACUGGUUCUUCCUGUCUGGCAACACGCCCCGCACUUAACUUUCGUCAUCUGGACUUGUGAACGGUUUAGCCGCCUAGGUACUUGCCGGAAGAGAAUAUCUGUCAACGUUGUAGACGCAGUCUUCUGAAAAUCGCGAUGGUUAACAUCGCACCCCACGCAAAACACUUGCAUAGUUUUGAGCGCUCUGUGGUCGGUUCGUCGCGAAGGUGGACAGACGCGACACAAGAACAGUGACGAUGACAGAUGUGACUGGACACUUCACGUCCUUGCGAGUGAACAACAAUGAUCACUGUCUAGCUCAUCAAAGGGCCAAUAUUGUUAAAGCAGCUAUAACAUUAGCACUUUUUGAACGUCGGCCAUCCUUUUGCCUGUCAUCUUCUCGUAAACUACAGAAUUCCCUGUAGCACUUUUUCGCGCGCCUCCAAGCGUCUUUUCCAUCAUUUCCUGUCACUACUGCUAUGAGCGUGUCACCAUUGUCCUUUUAGAAAUUGAUGUCUUGAGUGAAUACAAAGCUCCUCACAUUAAGUAAACUAAAGUAAACUGCUGGUGGUGAGUCCUCUUCCGGUUGGUCCGUUUGCAUUCGCUUGCCCUUGGUGUUUUUGCCGUUUUUAUUACCACUUCUCCGCUUUCAUCCAGUGACAAUUUUCCGACCCGCUCACCUUCUGUUUUGGCUGGCAGUCAUCUGUUUCCUAGGGUAUUCUAGUGCUGUUUAAAGGCAUUCCUACUAAUUACUACAGCUGUCAAAGUCAAAAUUAGGGAAUUAAUGCUAUGCCAAAUCUGUCUGUCCCAGCUCUGCGUUUGUUGGCCGCCGUCUGUUCUUAUAUUGCUCCUUGUCCCUAUUUCACCAAUCUUAAUGUUUUUCGCAGGUGGAGAAAAUUGUCGGUCGGCGCGUCAAAAAGGGCCGCACUGAAUACUUAGUGCGGUGGAAGGGUUUCCCCCCGGAACACGACUCGUGGGAACCCCAGCAUCAUCUGCACGAGGCCUGUAACCCCCUAAUCGAGGCAUUCAACGCACAGCGUCAGGCGCUCAAACUAGAGGCCUCUGAACAGCAUUCCAACAAGUCUGUGUCCUCGCGCUUUCCUGAUCCGGUUUCUGCCGUUCUCACAAGCCAGCACAACCCAUCAGAAGAUUCAACUAGCACCUGCUCCAGCGACAGUCCAUCAGGUUCCCGGGUCAACAGGAACAAACGACCUCUUUCAACGUCGCAGGUCACUCCGCGGCCCAUUGCGGUGCCUACGUCAACUGCCGUAUACCCUUCGCGACCUCAAGAAUCCCGUCCCACAGGCGCUACUCACAAACACACCCUGGAUCGCCCAACACCAGCCAACAGCAAGUCGGCGCAUGCGAACGGUGCUGCUGCGCUUAAAUUGCCGCCAUCCGAUACUUCCUCGACCGUUCAGUCCACACAGCCGCUCCUACCUCUAGCACCCACUUCACAACGAACGAUGCGAGUAAAGCCAGAUGACGGGGGUCCGGGAAGUACCGGUAGUGUCCCUGAUGGUCCAAACCCGUCAUCUGCUGCCUCCUCAUGUUCAUCUGCUGAGAUGCCACCACUGAAGCGGCCCAAGACCGUGGAGGAGGAGUGCGAACUAAAGACAUCCAAGCGCAAAAGCGUAACAAUAAUGCUCAAAACCCUUCCAACCCAGGAAUUCCAUAAUACAACCAGCACGCACAAGGUCCGCUCUGAGGUUUCGUCUCUCGCCCCAAAAACCCAAGCUAGUGAGAAGAAGACAGUCAGUAGUGGAGGUUGUAGUAGCAAUAGCAGCCACAGCGGUACCCAGCAAACUGUCACUAAAUCCUGCAAGCCGGCAACCACCAUAAAUCAGAAGGUGCUUAACGUCAUUGACAAGUUAAGAGACAAUCGGCGACGGCCGAAGGAGGAGGUUGUUAUCGAUGUUGCGAAGAAGUUGUAUGACCUCUCACCGGACGCCACCCAAGCCGCGCUGCAAGCUCUAGUGCGAGAGGGUCUCCUCUGCAGCAUAAAUUGCUCCUCAGGCAUAUCGUACCGCUAUCCUGUGAGCACUGUCGCUCGGGGCGACUUACCUCGUCAUGUAAAUAUCACUAACAAAAUCAAGGCGCGCUAUGCCAAACAGCCGUCCGCCAGGUCGCGCUCCCAUAUCGGUAAUCGGAAGGUCCCGGGCAGCAGCAAAGGGGGAAAACCACGUGACCGAACCUCCUCGGCAUCCACUGGCGUAACGAGCACCAAGGCUGCACAGCCUCCGCACAACUUCCAGGACCUUUCAGGGGCGUCCACAAACAUAGAUUUCGCGACCCUUAAUUCUCUCCUUGGCCUGGUAUCUUCCUUAAAUCCGUCAAAAGCUCCUCGUUCUUCUAUCUCUUCUCCCGAUGAUCCAUCGGCCUUGAUGGAAAAAAUCAGGCACUUGAUGCCGCCUCAUGUACUGGAGAGUAAGUUUUGGGUGGCCGACACCGUUUGCUUGUUAAUGUUCUCCUUAUGUCCAUAUUACGCAUAAAACCCCCAUUUGUUUGUCCUCUCUGAGCUAUAGACACAAAAGAUAUGCUUACCAGCGUUUUGCUUUGCGCAAAAGUUGCUCUCAAAGUUACCAUUUUAAAGACUUCACAGGAGGGAGGCAUGUUAGGCCUUUUUUAUACCAUUAGUCUUCACAGAUGUAUUUUUCCGCAAUUUAUCAGCCGCCAUCUGGGUGUGUUCUGGUCAUUUUUAAGUGGUUGAGGAUCUUGGCUCUCUCAGUUUAUGUUUUUAUGAUCUUGCAACGCCCUGCGUACCCUAACAUCUCCGUGUUGACUUUGUAGCGUGUGAGGCCUCGCGUCCCGGCCUCUCUGUCUACGUUCUCCCGCCACCGGCACCAAUAAAUCUGGAGGCGGUGGAAAAUUCGCUUAAAUCCCUACCCCACCGUCGUUUGGGUGUAAGUUUUGGCAAUUUUUCCUUAGACUACCGUAGGUUCCAUAUGUCCUUUUGUCCGCAGUUGUUACCUUUGUAGCGGUACAGCAGGGAGAAUGUGUGUAGUCUGUGAGCUACAAUAAUCAAGUCAAAUCCCAUGUUGGAAGGAAAAGACGGAAGGCACCAGAAUAAGGGGUUUAUUGUGCACAGAACGCGUAGUUGUCCUCUCAGUCGGCAGUGGCCACUGGCGAAGCCAGGGCUGAUGUUGACUGCGUCCAGUCAUGCCUGAGAGUCCCUGAGAUAGUGGUGGCAGCCGCUUUUGUAGGCUCGUGGGCCAAGCUCAAGUGGUGUCCAGUCAGUGUGUGUUGCAUUUGUCGAGGGGUGGUGUCCCAGUGGCUUAGGUUGCGGUUGCAAGGGGGGGGGAGGUGCGUUCUUGUGGUCGCAUGGGCAGCUGCGGCUGUGCGGACGCAGGUAUGCCUGAGCUGUCGGUCGUGUAACUUCAGGUCAGCGUGUCUGGAACGGCUCACUGCAAAAGGGUGAAUGACCUUGAGACAGCGAGGUCUUGAACAAUGACGCCAGAUCGGUCAUUAUGGCUGCACGCUAUACCCGUCCCUUGCUUUUUUGAAUUGUUCCAAUCCAAAUGUUUGGCCCCACCUCUGAUUUUCUGUCAUUGGUUCCCGGAACUGUUUCACAAGAUGUUGUUCAUGGUUAUUAUGCUGACUUCAACACCCUCGGCUUUCUAGCAGUUGUUAUUGGCCUCCUCAUGCCACGGGUAACCGCAUCUAGUCUGCACUUUAACGUAUUUCGACUGACAAAAAUGUUUACUUUCCUCCGGUCCAUUGGAUGAUAUGCGCAAUAGCUGACGUCCCCCGUCCCACCUACCCCUUGCCGCGUGAACUGAAGGAUCCUGCGCCGUUUUAUUUCGUUUGUAGACUUCGGCGAUAACCCUUGGCGGACGGAUCCUGUUUAAAUGGGACUAUCGUGAAAGAGACUUAUGCAUCGCUGUCAUCUCUGUCUCUUCCAACCUUCAUCUCGGUCCAGGGAGAAAGCGGAGUCGAAAUGACUGCAUAAAACGCUGUAGCUGAUCUGGGGUAUAGCCACUGCGCGUGCCACGACGCGGGUAGUCUACCCCCCUCCCAACCGAACAAGGUUUUACGGAGGCCGAUCAUUCAUCAUUCAAAGCACACCGGUUACUAUCGUCUUGUUUCGUCCACCAGUUGGGGCGGUCACCAAAGACCGUGACGACUGCGCUCAGUGCAAUUUAUAGAGCCACAUAUAAGGCUUGGGAGCCAGGUUGAUCCAGAGCGGAGUGACUACAUCGUGCAGCUAGCACGUUCUACGUUCGUGAAUGUAUACUCAGACUUGCGCGGUGGGCAGCAUUGCCACCAUUUGCGGUAUGAGUCGAUGUGGUGUGCGACAUGUGUUAGGCGAAGGUUUCGCACGAAGCCAGUCAGUGCGCAAAAUCUCAUCCCCAGUCGACUCGACUCACACAUGCGGCUGUUUGUGAGCGUUCGGCCGGUACAGCUCACAUUCAGCACUUUCUCUCCACACGACAGGCAGUCAGGCGCGCUUUCACGACGCCUUACUAAUCCUGGCUUAGCAGAUUGUUGACUGACGGGGUAACUGGAUCCCUCUCCGAAGUGGGAGUCAGACUACAAGAGCUGCUGCCUUCCCUGACCAAUUAUGUUCGAUGUGGCACCCAAGGUAACUCUUUUGAGACUGAUUCGCUUAGAAUUAGAAGUCAGCGUGUCUACACUAUGUUGGCUUAGCCAGCGGCCUGGCUCCCGGGAGUGGGAAGAGAAAGUGAGGUCGACGGACCCAGCGCAUAUUCCUCACCAUAAACAAUAUGGUGCACUUGGAUCUAUAACUGUGCGCUAAAAGCCUUGGCCCGAAAGGUUGCCGACUUACGAUCCUCUGAGGACAGAGAGUCAGGCUGCAAUGACACAUUGUUUAUAUGGUCUUUAUGGCACUCCCAUCUAACUGGGAUCCGAACCGCCCCCCCUCCUAUUUUCUUGGUGUGCAAAAUCCGCCGCCCCUACUCUUGUGGCAUAAAAUCCAGGUCAGGUGUACGUGGUGGACCAGGGGGUGUGGUGACGCGCCUAGGUGUGGGGCUUUUUUCGUGCCAGCCAUCUACACUCUUUCCGACCACCAGUCUUCUCGACUCAGUCAUGACAUCGGGCGCAGGUGGGAGAGGAGGAGAGAGUGCGGUAGAUGCGGCGCAAGUCUCCUAUUACUAGAGACGAAUUCACGCGUAAGUCGCCAUCCCUUUUCCCACGGUGGGCGUCGUCAAAAACGACAGUCGAACUGUCAUGCCUCGUCACCUACUGCACCCUCGUCCACCUCUACAUGUCUUGACUUUAUCGGGCCAGCCGUUUCCCCUUGACGACUGGCUCGUCUGAGUUCGGAAAGUCAGAGAAAUACUGUGGCAUCCAGAACUUGUAUUCCACUUUUUUGUAUGUUUUUAUUCCAAAUUAAUGUGUGCUGCAAUGCUAAGUUUCAAGAGGACGCACAGUAAGUGGUUUAUCUCCUGAAAUUUCACCCAAAUCCUGAAAUAUGCCCUCGACUAGAAAGGACUACUUAAGUUGGGUUGUGAUAUUUAUUGUCGUGCAAGUUAAAUCACGCCAGGAUGCCGUCCUUUGAAUGAACUCUCUUCCGGCUGUCCGUAAAAACCACAUUCGGUAAAAAGGGCUGCUCAAGUAGUGUACAUUUUUCUGUUUGGUUUUCGGUGGCCUUAUAACUUCGAAUAAAUUUUAUAGAGAAAGUACACAAAACUAUCCUUGUGCUCAUUGUGUAGCAAAUAGUGUCUUCCAUUUUUAUGCUCGAAGAAAAGGCGUCUUUCGGCUUCAAAAGGAUUUUUCACUUCCCUAAUAACUUUGGGUACGAAUUGUCUUUAUUCUUGCGUUCGAAGUUUCCAAACCACAAGCUGCUUGCCUUCCAUGUAAGGAAACUCAUAGGUUCCACUGUGCUAGUGAGAAAAUGCCAUAUAGCGCGCAUAAAACUUUCCAAUGGCUAUGUACUUCGUUGCUUACUUCAUAAGGAGCGUUUAAAGAAAGGACGCAUACGGUGUCAUUUGAAUGUCCACUUCCCGAUCUUAAAAAACUCACAAUCGAAUUUUUGGAACAGGAAGUUGCCCUUGCUUUAAGGAUAUAAUCUUGAGAAGACGUGAUUUACUACACAAUGAGUACAUAAAAGAAUGUUUUUUGCAUGUUCUCUGUAAACUUUACAUGGAUUUAUAAAACCAUCGAAAUCCAGUGGAGAAAAGGAGGGUACCUAAGUAGUGCUUUUACCGAACGUGACAAUCAAAGUUACAACCUCACCUAGGUAAUCCUUUCUAAUCGAAAAUACGCUUAAUAAUUUAAGUUAGCAUUUCAUGAGAUGUCCCACCCAUUGUAAUUUUCUUCAAAAUUAUUAUACAAAAUGAACCUUUUGAGUAUUACGGUGAAGAUGCGAGCCCCCGAUUGAUGUUACAAUAAAAAAGAACCUGGGCACAGUACGAACAAACUGUUCAUCAUUUUAUCCUCCAGAGCUUUCACACUUGUGUGGGAGCUCAUAACCUACUAGGGUUUGUGGUUACCUGAAUUGCGGACGUCCUCGCCUGUCCAUCCGAGCCGCUUCCUCGAAUUCUUAUUCCAAAGGCAGUCCCAACGCGGGUUUUUUAUGUGCCGUUGGACGAUUGCCAGACUCAAACGAAUCGCCUGGCUCGAGCAAAUGAGACGAUGGUUUCCAUCUUCUACCCCGUCAAUCUCCACUUCCCCAGCCAGCUGUCAGUCAUUUUUUUCCCUGGAAAACCUCAACAUUUUAGCACAAAAGUACGUGUUAUUCCGGAAUGACACUUUGUCGCACGUGAGUCCUACGCAUGCGGCUGAGAGAAUACUCCCCGUCGAAAGACGUCGUAGGACGAUGUGCAAAUGAACUGGGAAUCAUGUUUCGUGUCCGUCAGUAUUGCAAUCCGAUUGUAGUUACUUUCAUCAGUGUAAGCGUGUUUUUAAUGAGUUCGGGGGAUGUUUCAGGCACUUCGAUACACUGGACAAGUAGCCGCUUUUUCUAAUUUCGACCCCCGCGUUUACACCUAUGAAAAUCUUUUGUCAGUGCUUUCGCGCUUAGCAUUUCCUGCUGUAAUGUCGACUUUCUAUCCUAAGAAACUGACCACCAAGUCAGUUCAAGAAAAAACCGGGACUACUGAAGACUACUCUCCGUACCACUAGGCCACAUCCUGUCGCCGGCCUAAUGGACAUCAGAUGGUUUGGACAUGCAGUAACUAGUGCUGUCUUGGUUUUGGGAAAAAGAACUUUGCCAGGAACUAAAAAUUAAUCAUAGGCAAGGGUGUGAGACUGCCCAGAAAGAAAAUGGCCUGCAGACUGGGUCUACUCAGACUGCCAAAGUUGAGAGAUCCGGGUUGGUGAUUUGAAGAAAACGAUGGGCUCACCGGAACGGGUUUAUUUAGGCGCUGACGUUUCGAAGGGCUUGGUCGGCUCCCCACUGUCAAGGCGUAAAGUGCACUUAAUCGACCCAUCCAGGGUCGUGCCGAAUAGCUUUUAUUUCCCACUGAGGAAAUCGUCCCACUGUUCUCCUAACAGAGGUUUUAACUGGAAGCCAACGCGCGUUGCGUCUUUCUGCCUCCGUCUGGAGACGGCGCAAAGAGAACUGAACACAGCAUUAAUGGACAUGGCUAAGCGCAGGCGACGUGUCGUCCUCCAAGUCAAAAGCGUUCUAAUAACAACUGGAGCAGGCUAUGGAGCAGUCUUUAUAAAUCUGUGACGGAACUGCACACUGGCGGCACCAGGGCCGGCUGUAAGACGACAACAACGAAACCCAUCGUCCGUGAAGCAUCAGCUCUACGAGAUCCACACAAACGACGUAGCCUCUGCAAAGAAGACCGUAUUCGCUCGGUGUGCCUAUCCAACUUGCAACGGAGACUGCUGGAAAUACAAAACAACAUACUACUUCGCAAGGUACAGGCGGUCUGAGGACAAGCUGAUCAUGGCGAAAUGAAAGCAAGGCAGUUUGCGGCACCAAACCGGCACCGCUGUUCAGCCGUCAUAGAACGACUCUGUGGUCGAAGUGGUCAGAGGAUCUGUGGAGCACUUUGGUUCUCAACUAGAGGUGAGCGCCGCCGCCGCUGCAGUCAACAAAUACGGCAACCUCCAAGACCAACAGAACUCACUGUAUGUCAUUACUGACAAAGGCAAGGGAGAACUCACUGUUCUAGAAGAUGCGCGGACGGCGACAAAUCCCGUAGGACACCGCUUCCUGUACAUCUUCAUGAGCGAAAACAGUACCGGCGUGUCUGUGGUAAUCGCCGUGGGAUCUGCCUCCUAAGCACUUCUAAAAGAAUUACUGCCCUUACUCACCCCAAUCGUCUUACUGUACACAUGAAGCAAAAGCCUCCUCCAGAGCUUCAAUGCGGAUUUAGGAAACAUGUUGAAAAAAAGCAAAACAAAAGCGAUCUUGGCAGAACAGUAACUGCAUGCAACAUACCCGAAAGUGAGAAUCAGCCUCCACACUGCAUUUUGCCGAUCUUCCCUCGGCCGUCAAUAACAUGAACCGAGGCGAACUCCGGAAAAUCACGAUGUGUUCCGAAAUGCCCUCUUUGAUGGCCAUGUGGUCUCCCGCUGGCAUGGUUGUGCGAGUUGAAAUGAGUUGCGUCCUUGCCCCAAUCCUCACUGAAUUGCUAAUCUGUGCGGACCGUAAGGAGUGACCGCAAAUGGACCUUGAUUAUUUAACUUCUGUUAAUUUAUUCAACAUCCACUGUAUUUUGGCCGGCACCAAAAUCUCCAACACUGGACUAAGUGACGUCUUCACUGACGAUUGCACAUUGAAUACCGCAGCAAAAAUUUGCAUUUCGUAGAAGCCGGAUCUUCGUCUUCGGGUCCGACUCAUCCGCAGCUCGCUAAAACUUUAAAACUACCGAAGGAACCCCCCCCCACUUGCCACUGUAUCUCGCUGUCGUCGGAUUCCUCCGUAUCCACCGCAGCACGAACAUCGUCAUAGGGCAGUGCCUACUGCAACCACACAUUUCAGUCACCCAUAAAUCCUCUCGGAGGGGGAAAACCUCAAGCCAGUGCUGGGGUACCCUGUCAUCAUAACAGUGUAGCGAAUUCCCCACCUCAGACUCGCGACGCUAUCCUGUAUUGGGAGGCUGCCAGCUGACGGAAUUAUUCGAUCCCCCAUUAGAGUGAAGCUCCAAUGUCCUGGCUCCUUAUUGUGGUCAUUGUGCACUCUAUGUAUGAGAUCCGUCACGGGGGGUUAGGGGCGGAGUCGUGAGUGGCGAGCGUGAACGGGCUGUUUAUUUCUGUUAUCCGCUGUGCCCUCGCUAAUCUCCGGCCCAUUUGACCUUGUCCCGCCAUCAGAACAGGAUACACAUGGUAACAGCGGAGAAGAUGAAUGCUGUGAAAGUAUGUUUUCGCUAUAAACGAGUCCACUGCUUCCAUCCUGUGGGACAGUGGUGAACUGCGUUGCUAGCGACGGUUCAAUAAUCAUCUGGGUAUAUUCGAUCCGGAAACUAACUGGACUCAGGUAAUGCAUAACGCUAGUUGUGGACGUUUGUGAGUACUAGGGCUAACUAAAACUCCUGUAGAUAAGCCGCGUAUCUGAUGUCUAAGGCCGUGCUGGUUGAAGUUUACAAUGUCGGGUGAUCAGACCGUUUUGUCCAUCGGAACAACCUGCAGACUACUCGUACCCGUCUGUAAUUGGCUCAUUGCUUUUGACCAGUCCCACAACAAGUUGUGUAGUUAAUUCGGUCUUUAAUAAGUUCGUUAAUUAAUUUCAGACAAAAAAUAUUCUGGAGCGUUUUAGAACUUUUUGAGUACAUUAGGCCUGAGGUAAAACACCUUCUGACAUGCUUUUGUGGUAUCAGUGAAUUUUCUGUACUUUGUAUUAUCCUGAAAUAGGAGAGAGUUUAUUUCACCUCAGCGCACAAGUCGUCUAAUUUUCCUCAGACCUAGAAUACUUAGAUAACAUCAGGUGGCACAUCUACUGCCUUUUUCUCGUCAUCCUGACAAUAUGAUUGAGCGCUCAUUCGUAUCACUGACCCACAGUUGUGGUACUGCACCGGAAAGACUGGGCAUUCUCCAUAAAUCACCUUUGACUAACUACUCGUGCGUAGAAUAUCCGUACACAUUGGUGGGUGUCCUUUCCAUCGGAAAAUGCUACUGCUACAAGGGCUGGACGCGACAACCGCUAACGCCUUGGCACCGCCCUAAUCAAACUCGAUUUCACGGUGUCAGCAGUCAGUCUUGUGGUAUCACGACACGGUUUAUGUUGGUGAAUCUCCUCUCAGCGCUCGCCUAACCGACCAACCAUUUCUGUUAGGCCGUGCCUACUGUGAUUUCUUCUAGGAGAGGCCUCAGGAGGUUGCUUAUUGCUGUUGGCAUCAGUGCUUCUCGCAGAAGACAGUGUCACAGUCUCAACUUCACUCGGACAAUGGGGCCGUUCUGGUGCUGGGAAGCUGAACAUCGCAGUUCUUUGCGAGUCCACCGCUUCACCAUCGAAAUCCCUGCUGGGCUCCUUGGACACAUUUGAUUCAGUGAAGAGGAAGAGUCGAGCAUCCUGAACUUUCAGACUCGUACAGGAGUCCAUCGUCAGAGGUAGGUAGUAGCAGCAACAGAACAAGCGAAGAGCAAUCUGGAGUAGUGUAUCGCAUUCCGUGUCAAAAUUGUCCUUGUAGCUACACAGGGCAGACUGGGCGCAUGCUCGGAUCGCGCAUACACGAACAUAAGCUGGCUGUGCGACAAGGCGCCGCAUUAUCACAAGUCGCCGCCCACACCUACGAAAUGGGUCGCGAGUUUAACUUCGCAGCCACCAAAAUGGUCUCCCACGCCGUAAACAAAACAGGCCGAGGAUUGAUUGAAGUUUGGGCCUCGGAUGAGAACUCGGUCCAUCGAUUUAUCGAUCUGUCGCCGACGUACAGAGUCCUGCAUAGUCACCUCCAGUCUUGCGCCGUCGGUCGAUGAUUGGCCUACAUGCCUUAUAACUAUCGCUUGUUCUGUUGCUGCUACUACCUCUGACGAUGGACUCCUGCACGAGUCUGGGAGCUCAGGACAAUAAACAAAAUUUUCCGGUGCUCGAACCCUCUUCUUCGUCACUUAUGCAUACACCUGGAACUCUACAUUUGAUUCAUUCCGUUGUAUUCUUGUUGACCGACGCGCAUUCGGACUAUUUGAUUCCAAAAUCCUUGCGGCUGCAAAGCUUGCCGUAUUCGGUUUUCACCGCAAAUGUCUGAAUUUGCGGUUAUCAUAAACAAAAAAGAAUCGUUCUUGCAUUAUUGGCAAAUUCAGUUGUGUCGUCCGAGGUCCCAUCUCUGCGGCCUCGCCUGUUACCAUCUAACUCCUCUUGUGGGGGGCGCACAUGAGGGUGUCACGGUCCGAGCGCGUUUUCGACCAGACGCAUAUUGGAAACGAUGAACCCGUGCGUUGUUGCGGCCAGGCUGCUGUAGGUGGCCAAACCAAACCGCAUUGCAGUGACUGAAUCUCCGGAAGAACGCUUAGUUGAGAUCUCACGAGAACACAGCCGGAGCAUUCCUGUUACCCAUGUCGGCACGGCGCAUGGCAGGCGGGUCGAGCACACACACAGCUAGUUCACUUGCCCUUGUAGCUGUCGACUAAGUACCGACCUGUCAUCUGUUCUGCCGAAGGCAGGUACUUGUGAUAGCCAGACAGCUUUAGCGUUGCCUUCUCGCUUUUGAUAACCAGAGUCGUCAACGACACCAUUGUGCUCUGUGACUUAUGCUGUGACAUUCCGCGUACUUCGGAGGGGCAUUCAAAGUCGACACUAAUCCACCAUUGCUAGAUUGUGCUUUGGGUGCAGUAAGGAGUAUGUAGUUCUCUCUCUCUCGUGGGGGCAUGGGGGCGUUGCGUGGACUAUUUGUCGUCUGACCCAGUGUUGUAGUCCUGAACGCGUCUACUCUCGCGGACACGGCAGAAGUCGGCGAGGUCCAUGCUUCGGGGAUUUGUUAUAAGUCUUCAUCCCUCGUCCCCUUGUUGACUGACCGUCACGAAGGUAGUGUUCGCAAGGAUGACCUAUUAGCGUACUUUGUGCAGGCUUACUCUGCAGUCAGUUUGUCAGACAAGCCUUCCACGCCCUGGUAGUACUGCUGCUGCUGCUGCCGCCGCCGCUGGUUAGUCACCAAUUUAGCUAUGGACUGAGCCUCCCAGGCACCGUGAUACGUCCUGUAACUAGUUUGACGAUUGACAACCGCAGCAAAAGCCCCUGUCCACAAGUUGUCGCCUGCACACUCUGGCCCCGUUUAAAGCCCAUCCUCGUCUGUGGUUUCACGGAACUGUACUGAGCGUAGCGACCACCAUCGGGUAGCUUCCUCGUUUGUCGGACAAAGGUGUAUGUGGCUACGUCCAACGUGUCUCACUAACGCCGGGGAGCUUGUACGGAACCUGCGUUUGGGUAUAGAAGAGAGCCAGUUGUGUUAUGGCCCGUCACGCGGGACUUGAUCUCAGGUUGAUCACUACUCUAUCCCAUCUCCAGUCGUAUUGACCUGGUCUUGUCUACAUGGCUUUCCUCAAUUUUUACUCUGCAUAUUCAGCCGUUCUGGACGACGGCGCCACCAUGCCCGCGGAGCUGGUGUAAUGGUGCACCUGGCAUGCGCGAUCCCCAGGUGUGUUCAACUAAUGCAGGCCACGCAAAUGAGCGAUUCCGCCAAUAUCGUCGAAGUUUCGUGGUCUGGAUCCUGUUAGGCCGAGUCUUGCACUAAGAGACCCCAGUAGUUGACCGUCUCCAGGAGCACAGAGCCCUCAACUUGUUGUCAACUUUUUUAUAACCAAAAGUCGGAUACUUCUGUUGUAGUCUCUAAAGCUGUGCCAGUUUUUAGUCAACCGUACAUUCCGCCUAGCCAUAAAGCGCCUUCAGAGUCGAAUGAGAGACCCGCACAGGCAGUGGUUGACGUUGAGGGCGAAUUGGGAACUGAAUUCGCGUCCCAGCAGACCCGGAUGUUCACCGUAAUCGACCAGUCCCUGACAAAGGCCAACAUCGUGCCUUCAGAUCCUCGAAUAGCCGAAGGCGUUUUCAGGCAUGGCUGUGGUCCCUUCCACUUUUCUCGCCGCUGCCGCCGUCGCACAGCUGUCCGGCGGGGGGGAGGGGGACGUGCCAAGUUAAUUACCAAGAUGCUUACGAUGACCGCCAAAAUAGUCGUCUUCGGCAUCCUAUGUCGGCUGCUGGUGCCGCUGAGUCAUCUCUGAAUAUUCUCACCCGCGCUCUGGUGAAUCCUAUUCUCUGCGGGGGUGUAACCGUGUGUGCACGGGACUGCCUGCCACGCCCCACGACUCCUUUCGGGAAAUACCGACUUCGCCGGCUUUCUCGCUCUCUCGUCAUUGCGGAAACCACACAUGAAUAGUAGGCGUCUUCUUUUUGGGAAUCCUUGACAAGCGAAGUAUCCGGGUUUACCAGGUGUCUGUGCGCAAAACGGGAAUGAUUAAGUAAUUUCCUAUUCAUGCCUGGAGUGCACAUCCCACUAAGUAGUGGCACUGUUUGUUCUGAGUCUAAAAAUAGUGUGCCUCUACCCUUAUGAGGCUGCAUUAGUCUAGUUGAGAAGCUGCGAUAGUCCUGAUCUCAUCAUUUGGCAACCAUUUCCGUCUAGCAUACUGCAUAUAGUGAACGAUAACCCCAGCUCCUAUCGUUGCCAUUAUUGAUUGUUUUGCAAUGAUUUACCAUACUAGCAACACAGGUAUUAGCUAAAAGCCCAGACACGCGUGUUUCGCGGAUCUUAUGCCGCUGCCUGACGCAGCUGCGAGGGGUUCGGCUCGUCAGUGGGUCCCCCAGCUUUCAGCUCAAAUAUUCAUAUCAAACUUUGGACCCUGCCUGAAAAGGCCCGUUUCGAAAGAUUUACUCCUAGUUCGCGCAUUAAUUUCCUCGGAAAUUAAACAAGGCAUUAUUGAUUGUUGUUGUGUGGCAAACCGUCGCUGAACAUAGCGGAGGCGCCGGUCAAGAGGGUACGGGCAGAGGAGCGAAGCGGUGAGUUGUAGUAGGAUGCAGCGUGCCUGGAACCUGGCUUUGUAUCUUUUGGAUGGAUGAGCCGGCGUGGGUGAAGUUCUGAAGUCUGGAUGACUGGCUGUAGUGGUGAAAAGGAGUCAGAGGUGGGCCUUUGUUUGUUUAACGAUUGUCCAGCGGCCUGUAGUGCACUUCUUUUAAUAGGCAAGAAAUUCGCUGGGGGCGUCACCGGCUACCAAGGUUUUAUCACAGCGUCUUUUGCGUGUUUUGAUGUGUGCGUUCGAGAUGCGACACAGGUCGGAACACUGUGAAUCUGAAUGCUUCGCUGUCUUCACUCCAAUUCCGGAUUUCCUGGGGGUAUCGUCGCUAAGUGAAAGGUGCUAUUUCCUUUGACCAGUCGCGGACUUUUGGCUAAUAAACGCUUCUCCGGCUCUCCACAGCGCCCUCUCGACUUUUUGCUCGUUAUUACCUCCCAGUGUUACAUUCGUUGAGACUUUACAGGCGAAUGUGGCGCGCUUUUACAAGCUCUGGCGUCGCCAUGGUCAUUCGUCGUUCCUGAGUAUAAAUGACGACGCCCUUGAUACAAACGUUGGAGUUCCGUGAUUGAGCUGAUAUUCUCUCAUGCAUGUGAGAUCUGCGCCGUCUCCCUUUUUUGCGAAAACAUGGCAUACUGUGCUAGGAAGCCAGGUCGUGUGUGGCACACGUAAGCGGGCCAGCGGAACUUUGUCACCUACUUGCGUCCAACCCCAACAUCAGUUGGCUGGCCGGCUCGAGCAGUGUACUGGUGCGUGGGAGGGAGGGAGAGGCAAGAGAGCCUGAGGUUGAAACUGGGAAAUCCAUUCGCAUGGCACUUCCAGCGCGUUCCUAAUUAUAAAAAGUCUGAUGCGCUCGCAGCUUUCAGGGUGCGCCAACCCGCCAACGGACAUGAUAACUCGAUUCUAUCUGGGCGGUCAUUUCUUGUUUGUGUAAAAAUUGGAUCCACUUUGUGCGGGCCGGGUCGUGCGUGGCACGCGUAGACAGGCUGGUUAACUUUCUUAGCCGCUGCUUCCGCCUCCAGUAGUCCUGAAUUAGUCUUGUCACCGGCAUCAGGCGGGGAGGAGGGAGUGCGGUGGAUGCUGCGCAAGUCACCAGUCAUGCAUCCACCAUGCUGUGGGGCAAACGGUGGCCAUCGUCCUUAGCAACGGUCGAACUGACAGUUAAAGACAGCACCAUUUGUUGUUGCAGUCUAUGUUCUCUCUCCGCUAACCCCCCGGACCACGUGCGCACUCCUUAGUUUACUACUUACAGAGAGUCGGUUUUGUGUUUUCUCCCCGUCGACUGAGGAGGAGGAGGUAAAAGUCCCCUCCCAAACAUGGUAUAUAUGCCAUUUCAACACACUCCCUCGUUGUUUUCUUAUUCAGUGACAACUGCCAAAACAUAAGCAAAAUGGUGACCUAGCAAAGAAAUCAAGCGCCUCCAUCUAGCACAGGGUGAUUUGUGCGUCGAGGUCGAAAAAAGCAACUUGCCAAAGAGUAUGCUUCCCAAUUGUAAUUGCUUACGACGAUUUCUGAUCAGAAAACUGCCCGAAAGUGAUGGAUUUUCAAAAAAUCUGAUGUCCACACCAAUUAACCACAACACCCUACUUGAACAAAGCUUGUAAACCAGUAAAACAUACUCUUUUUCUAAGCAGAAUGGUACGUAAGCGCGACAUGUUCCUAGUAAUUGCCGGUAAGAGCUAUGGAAGUUCAAAAUCCGCUGUCAGAAAAUGCCAUGAAACCCUGCCGUGGCACUUGCGCAUCCAUAGUACUUCAGCAGACUAUCAGAAAGUACUAUAGGUGACCGUAACUCUUGAAAUGCGCUUGAUUUUGCGAGGCAUCUCUCUUUUCUCGCAAACUGGCUCAAAUGCAUCAUCUGAAACUCCCAAUUAACAAUGAACCAUCGUAAGUGCACGAACGCGAAAGUUCGUGUCAUAUGACUAGGCUCAAGUUUUAGAAGUGCAUGAAGCCCGCCCAUGCAAAUAACUGAGCAGGCAGGACAACGCAUUAAAAUAGCCCUGUAGUGCAGUCUGCACUUAAGUGUCCUCCGUCAAUUAGUGCCAAAUGAUGUGCGACGAUUAGUCCGCUGCCUGCAGUUGGAGUAUGGUUUCCAGAACCGCUUCACGGGACGUUGUAAUUUUUCCAUUUUUGUAAAUACAGGUGAGGGUUAAGUAUAUGCGCGGGGUAAGGAAAAACCGCGAAGGACUGCCUACAAUAUUUUUAAAAGUAGGUGUUGUUCGGUAGAGUUUUGUGGUCGGCCCUUCGUCGGCAGGAUGACAUUCGCUGACCUGUAUCGCCCCGAGGAGUUGGUGCUGCCGAAAUGUCUACAUUGGUUUAUUGUUCUGCACCCCCCCCCCCCCAAACGUAAUUCUUUACAAAGAGGAAAGCUCGUUUUUUCAAAAAAGGUUCUUCACGGAGAGCAGUCGGAUAGCAAAAUACGUCUUCCAGUAAACCAGGAGAGUUAAAAGGCUGGUGAAGGUGUUAAACAUCAGUUGGCAUUGUCUUACCCCGCGCAUGCACUUAACCCUUGCCCAAAUGCAGAGGGAUUUCUUUUGAUUUUGUCAAUAGGGGCGUCACAGGAAUGACAGUUUUCUUAAGGUCACAUUUUGAUGAGCCAGUCUGCGACUAGUAAAUUCAAAUAGAAUUAGCCGAUGCACUUGUAAGCAUACCAUUUUCUGCGUGCAGAGGGCUUUUUAUCCGUAGAAUUUUUUGUAUAGUUUUUGGCCACGAUGGAGUCCGCUGAGUUUCACAGUGUCUACUAAAUGUCAAGUAAUGCUUUGCGGUUUUGCUUUUCUCAAUCGACGGUCAAAAAUACAGGUUCUGUAGUUUAUGUCCAUCAAUAUCUUCAGAACAAGAUAUUUCUCGAUGGCAUCUACCUAAGUAGUGAGUUCUCGGGCGUUUUUCCUGCAGAUGACCGGUAGGCAUAUCUGUAUACUCAGUAACGAAGAAACCUUAUCGCCGACAUAAAAGGAACCCCGGGGAAGGUCUGAGGUGAAUAUGCUCAUGAUAAACUGAAAAGCAUCCAAUAAGUUGCCCCUUUUAAAAAGAGUAUUAAUAUAGUAUUUUGCUGAUGAAUUUUCACGUGCUUCAUCUUUUAAAACAUGCAGCUUUCAGCCCAUUUUUUCACUGUCCUGGAAAUUCUCAGUGAAUUUUUCUCCUCAUGCAAGAGGACUCACAUUUCUCUUUAAACCGGAGCUAUUUUCACUAUCUUCCCAUGCUUUUAGACUCCGUUCUACGAUUAUAAGUGCCCGUUGAGUGACGCUAAGCAUUAAAAUGCUGUGUCAGCUUCUUUUCUAAAUUACGCACUGGCAGAAAGUGGAGACCACAAAAAGUAUCUUACUGUGUGCUUCAAAAUUAAAAUGGCCAAGUAAAUAUGGGUACGUCGAAACAAAAGAUUGUCUGUAGGUGGUUAUCACGGCCCUGUGGGGAAUAAAAUCGUACAGAUCUACAAACUUGAAUGUUUUAGCUUGUAAAAGGUUCUAAUUAUCUGGAAAUAACGUGCGCUUCACACCCUGUUUUCCGUCCUGACAAUUUUCAGUGUAUUUUUCCCCUCAUACAAGAGAACUCAUAUUUCUCUUUAAACCUGGGCCAUUUUCACUAUCUUUACAUGCUUUUAGACACCUAUCUACGAUUAUAAGUGCGCUGCUGAGUGACAGUAAAGUGCUGGGCCAACUUCGUUUCAAAAUUACGCAGUAGCAGAAAUUAGAGGACGCAAAAAGUAUCCUAUCGUAUGCUUCAAAAUAAAAGGAGCCACUUGGCGGUGGGCAUUUUCACGGUUUCUUACGAAAUAUUCACAAACGCCAAGGAGCUAGGGAUAUGUCGAAACAAAAGAUUGACUGUUGGUGGUUAUUACGGCCCUGUGGGGGCAUAAGAUCCCACAGAUUUAUAAAUCUGCAUUUUUAAAACUCCUAAAUGGUUCUGCUUUUCUGGAAAUAACGUUCGUCUUCACACGCGGCUUCACUUGACUUACGUGGAGCAAAAGUCAAUGCCCAACUAAGCAACAUCAAAUUCAGUGGAAGUUUCCACCUUAGAUUACUGUCAUUAUGUAAAUACAUGCGCACUGACGCGCAAAAUUACUCUAGGAAUAUAAGGUACUGCUGACUUCAAUUCAAAUUUGUAAACAUCUGCCCGAAUAAAUUACUUAAAAACAUAUUCUGAAUGAAAAAAGACACUUUUCGUAACGAGUUGGAUAUCUCAAAAUGAUAAUCGCUCUAUCUGUCAUCUCGUUUCAUGCGUUAGGUCAUGUAUUGUAUAUACUAGAAUAAAGUGAAAUAGAAGAAGUCAAAACAGGUCCACAGAGCGAAGUGGCGCCGUACUCAGUAAAAACCGACUUAAUGCAUGCAAGCAAAACAAUCAGUGACACAUUCCCUCAAACUAGUUUUUGGGUUGUAUACUUCAGGGAGGAGCACUAUAAGUCAGGUUAGCUGAAGUGUCGCCUGUUACUUCCAAAUGUUGGCCCACCCUUCGUGUUUUUAAUGAAGCUAGUAAGGACUUAAACUUCAAGAAAAGGUCGCAUUUUUUCUUUAUUUUUCGGGUGUUUCGUAGGCUUAAGACAAUCUCAUUCACUUACCUGUCCAUGUUUCCCCGCUAAGGACUUCCAUUUUGGCCACGCGGGUGUUCUGGCGUUGCCUUGAAUGAAAACUUCCCCAGAUGUCUUUCACUGGGCUAAGAUGAGUAGUUCGAGUUAAAAAGUGUUUUCACUCGCUGCCGCCGUCUCUUCUGCACUCGAGAACCAACAGUCCGAGUGGCCCACCGUUGCCUUUAGACGGCUAGCUUUACUUUUGCCUCAAGCUUCUUCCCGAUAUUCCAAUUUUAUCCGUGCAUCUCCCACUGGCAGGCUUUGUCGGUGCGCUUUUCAGCCAAGGAAAACUGUUAAAGCCGUCAUGUACGGUAGGCCAACUAGCAAUGUGAGUGCUCGUGUUAGAAACCAGAGAAGACUGAUGAGUCAAAAAUAUGGUUCGCCAUCGUGUGCCCGCUUUAAAGGCUUGUUAAGCCCGUAGUUUAAUGCUGUCCCCCUUCUAGACACUCGGAAGCACUGCCGGUAGUGUAAACGGCGACUGCAGCGGAGAACAGACCCCGCCCGAGAGGGAACUCUUCAAUUCCACCAAGCCCAACUCCCGACCCUCCUCCAACCUCCGCUCCUCUGUUUUUCGGCCAGACGUCGAUUCCUCCAUCCUCAUUAACCGUCAUCCUGAGAAGGGCUUCACGGAACUGGUCCUUCGAUCUCCGGGCAGUGCUGUACAGAACUCUUUCACUCUAAAGGUGUGUUCCAAGAUGCAUCAUUCACCGUAUCUGCAUAGUGUCAUCUCGAGUCAUCUCUGAUCUUUAACUUGUCUCCCUACGUGGAGCCUUCUUCCAUCUGGAUGUCAAAUGCGUCGACUGUCUCCCACCAGCAACCUCUUAAGACCACCACGAGCACUAGCCGCAUAGUGUCCCUUAAGAACAUCCUUGCUAAAUGCUGAGAAUGAAGACACGCUCUCCGAAACCAGUGGGCCAGCUGAGUAUAUUGUCCGCUGUUACCCAACAAAACCGUGAAGAAUUUUGAUCAAAGUUGAUCAACCUCGUUCUUAAUUUAUUUGUCUAUUUCUGAUCCCAAUUCAGUAUCACCGCUCUCGUGCCAAUCGGGUUGGUACAAGCGAAUAGUUGAUGGUUUUUUCUGACUUUAGUGCUUGUCGAUGCUUCAGCGAUCGUAAAGACGUGCUAGUGUGUCGGCGGUGUUGGUAUCCGUGCCCUGAGCCAAUACGAGGCCCAGAUAAGGGUCUUGCACGAAUUAUUGGACUGUGCACCCAUAACGAGUUCCAUACAUGGGCUGUGGUGGCACGCCUAGGCGCAGUCCCAAACCGCACCAGCCACCGGCGCCUGAUAUCGCCUUUGCUCUUCCUGAAUCUAUUUUGGGACCGGGUCCAGGAGGGUGAGGGAGGAGUGACUGCGAUAUGUGCUGUGCGAGUCACCCUCCCUGCUGUGGGGCACGCGGUGGGAAUCGUCGGAAACAACGAUCGGGCUGUCUUUGGUAUCUGCGGAUUGCCUGCUCCGUUUGAUAGCUCUUCUCCUUGCCCUCGAGUGAGCUGAUUUUCAGGUUGUUAUCUUUGAUCGGCUUCACAGGCGUUCUUGUUAGGCUCGCCGCCUCCCCUCUUGGUCUACCGUCUCUACGCCGUGACCUGGUUAGCCGGCUGGCACCUGCAAACCGCACCUCACCUCCGAAUUGUUCGCUUUGCGGUGAGCCUCGGCCUAGAAUGGUAACCCUUCAGCUUGUCUUGUGAAUUGAAAAUUUGUAUCCAGUGUCCGUGUAGCCAGUCGGCCUUCGUGCAGACAAGUUCACAGUUUUCGUUCCAUUUCCUGAUUUAGUGUCAGUCGUCGUUCUUACUGCAAACGGGCUCUACAAGGUUCUAGCAAGUGACCAUGAGUUCUCCAGUUGUACCACACGGCGCGAACAGUAAUCUGAGGUCAGUCUGUCACGCUUUUCUACGCGCUUGGAUCGGACACGGGAGUAUGGACUGCGGGUGGCCUUGUAGUAAAUUCCAGGGCCACACCUGUCCCAACUUUAAUCCUAACACUAACCCUCUCCUAACCUCGUCCCUCCCCCUUCCCCGGGAAUUGAGGGUGUCAAUAUUCUACUGCCCAAUAUGCUUUGACGCGGACAGGAGGUCGAGGGAAGCUUGUAUCCGGUCGAGAGAUACAGUCUAACCGUGCCCGUGGCCACCUUUGACAAGCCUCCUUGUUUCAUGACUGAGACUCAUCUUCAACCACCGACUCCCGUUCGGGCCUUGAGUGGGCCUUUUAAUAUGUAGGACAACCUCAAGACGACCUUGCUGACCCCUGUGGAGACACAGAAACUAGUAGGCGGAGGAGGGAGAUAGCAUGCUGUAUCUCAAGCCCAGUAAACUUUAGUUUACUCUCUCUUCAGCUGCCUUAUUUAAAUGACCUCCACCGCGCCGGUCACCACAUGAUGUCUAGUAGGUGGGACAGUGUCAAUCAGUCUGAAUACUCACGCCUCUCGUGAGAACCUUUUUUCAGCAACUUGGUUCCACAAACUGAGGAGUCAAGCUGCGACGGCUGCCAAAUCUUGUUUUUUUUUUGGCAGAUCUCACACAGGUGUUAAGUCCGAGUGGGCAAAAUCUGGUUCGUAUUGAGGGAAGAACCGACACGUGUUUGAUACGAGAAGCGGAAGCCACUGGCUACGCCGCCGGCGGCUACGUUCAGGCCUUUCACUGGUCGUACCAGCGUUGUCAUUUUAACGAGUGAGGUCGGUGCUGCGUCCCCACGGCAUGGCGCGCCUAGAUUUAUCGCAAAGGGCUAGCAGUCGUGGCCUAGAAGGCUGCUAAUUGAUGGGAUAACCCAGUCCUCAGGACGGAGAUCCAGGCCGCGAUGGCUCCCUAGCGUGGCCCCUAUAGCAUUUUCACUGGCAGGCGAUCGCAGUGCCCCUUACAGAAUCCAGGUGUUUGCUGUGGGACCAGGCACGCGUAGGCGAGUUGUUUAAACACGUCAGCCACUGCACCCGAAUCCACAUUUGGUCAUCUUCACUCUGUGUUAUCACGGAAGCCAGGCGGGUAAGGAAGGAGGAGAGCGUGGCAGGUCCUACGCAAGUCACCGUUGCUGCGCCCACUCCCCCGGGGGGGGACGGUACGCGAUUGACGUCGUUCGCGACGACUGAGCUGUCGGUGUCAAGUUAAAAUUCCCAACGACUUCAGAGACGCCACCACUGCUCAUCGCUGACAGCAGCAAUAAAACAGCCAAGCCUAUGAUGAUCACUGGUUGACCUCGUUACGCGGUAUUGCACGCGUCCCGUUGGCAGCUUGACACCACGUCUAAAACGAGGACAACAGGAGUGAGCGUGCUUUUCUCUAAGGUCGUUCUAUUGCAUUGCCUUCACUUUCGUCGUGUGUUCCAACCACUCAACGGUCUGGUCGGACACUUGAAAAUCCACCACAACCUGACUGGAGAAUCAGUGCCUUAAGUCCCGGCCAGUACCCUUAACUCACAUUCCCGCCCAUACCGCGCCUUCAGCCAUAAAAUCGGCCCAUUCGAUCAUAUGGACAAGCGCCACACUAGUCACUGAAGCAACGCCCAUCAUUUAGGCCCACACAGUCGCCACAUGAACCCCCCGGUCAUACGCGCACACUAGGACCGCACUCACACACGCACACAUAGUCAUCUCUUGCCGAUGUCGGUAGUGACGGUCGAGGUGCUUUUGUGUGCGCGUUCGAAGCACACGCCAUAGGCAGCGGCUCGACGCCGUGUCGGCCACUGCGCCGUAACCACCAGCUGGCCGACAGACUCAUAAGGGAAGGACGAGCAGUGCCGAUCCGGCGACUCCCUUUCUCACACACUCCAGCAUAUCACGGCGCCCCCACAGUAAUGAGUCUGUUCGCCUGCGGCAGUCGAACUGUUGUUUACUUCUGAUCUGAUGGCAAAAAGACCGUCGACAGUGCUCGGACUCAAUUCUCUGCCGCGGCUAUAUAGCUCAAGGUGUGUUAUUCCGGUCAGUUCUCUGACUUUCGGACCAAUUGGUUGCGCAAAAGUCCUUUUUAUUGUUCGUCUCGUAGAGAGGCACCGUUGGGACUACAGCGUUACGUAAGCCAAUUUUUUUGGUAGUGCGCUUGAUAACUGACUAGUAACAUUGGCAUGACAUGAGCUGGCGGGUGACCACUGACCAUUGCCAUCUCCUGUGUACUCGUUUUUUGCGUUAGUAAUAGUGGAUCGAAAUGUCCUAAACUCUAGGCCAAGAACGAAUGUCUCCCAGCGAUGUCUGGCGUUUGGAAAGAUCCAUGAUCACUGCCGCCUAACCUGUUGCCAGAAAUUUAUAAACUUCGUGUGCAUUCGGUGACGGUAUGACCCUUGCAUCCACCUCUGUGCUGAUGCUUUUACGGAAUUUGGGCAGUCUUUCACUAUACUCUUAGCUCUCCCUUUCUCACUCCCAGCUUUCACUUCUAUCUUGCAGGUGUUAAUGGAGUUGACAAAGGCCCUUCACCAUGCCACAGAAGACUCCGUCAGUCUGGUAAUGCUCUGUGGCCUUGGCCACGUGUUCAGCUCGGGCAUCGACCUGUCCGCCUUCACCCUCGGUCCCACCCUCCCUAGCGGUCCGCCCGAUCUACCACCAUCAGUCCCCUUCACCUCCGCCGAGUCCGCCGAUCUGGUGGCCUCACAGUUUUCUGACGCCCUACGCGAGUUCCUUCUAGCCGUCUCGAAGUUCCCCAAGCUCCUGGUGGCCGGGGUCAAUGGUCCGGCUCUGGGUCUCGGUGUGGCCAUGCUGCCGCUGUUCGACCUUGUCUACGCCAGUGACCGUGCCACAUUUCACCUUCCCUACGCCCAACUGGGACAGACAGCUGAGGGCGGAGCGAGUUUCACGCUGCCAAACCUCGUGGGUCUGCCGUUGGCCAACGACCUGCUUCUUGCAUCACGCAAGCUCUCAGCACGCGAGGCCCUUCAACGCGGCCUCGUGUCGGAUGUUCUCUUUCCCAAGAACUUCCGCCAAGAGCUGCUGUUGCGCUGUGAGCGAUUGGCUUUCAAUUCGCCUGUGGUGAGUUUGUAGGUUAAACGCAUGUUUGUCACCGCUGGGUGACCCAGUUGUCUCCUGUUUGCUCGUCGUUCAUAUGCAAGUGAAAAUUUGUUGUUUUCGGCGUAGGAAUUAGUAGUUUGUUCUUAUCGACUGCCAUCCGCCCUUAGUGUCUGACUGUGAUCCGCUAUCCUGUCGCGGCUUUACAUUUACUCAUCCUACCCUCUCAGCACCAGAGGACAUCCAGUUGAACUUGAGUGUUUGUGAAGUUUAUGAAGGACCACUGUGUGUUUUCCUCUGUGUCCGGUGAGACCUGAUUUCAUUUUUUUGGCGGAAGGGUCGAAUUUUUCAAAGCACGAGGUAUUCCCAGAUCUUCGGGUUGAUUUGUUAUCGCCUCGAGGAAUUCACCAAGGUCUCUCUGUACCAGCGGGAUGGACCUUCUUGUCGGCGAGCAUCCGUAAUGACACCUCUAUGGAAGUGUCACCUGGUUAGUCCCUCAUCGUUCAUCUCCUCGAGGUGACCGUCUCAUCGUAAUUGCAGUUGCCUCAGCAUGACGUGGAUUUUGAGGAUCCCGGUCCGUUCCAAAAACUUCCAUGUCCGGUAUCCUGCCCUGCAACCUCAACUACAGUAUUCGCCGGAGAUAACUGCGGUGGCAAUGAUCGAAUUUCCGCGCUUGUUGCAGAUUGUCCAGGUCUCUGCAACAUACAACAGCAUCGUCAAGUGGACAGCUUUGUACUUAUUCAGUUUGGUGUUUAGGCGCAGAUCGUGACGAUCCCAUAUGAAGUUCUGCAGCCGGCCGAAGGCUUUAAAGAAAUCCGGCGUGCCACUUAAUCGUCGUUUUUGAUGCACCGCAAGGGUGUACUGCCUAGGUAGGCCAAUCUGUCCACGGUUUAUAGUUGGGUGCCAUUGAUGUGGAUGUGGGGAACAUUGUAUACAGCGUUGAUCGGCACUCGAUACAUUGGCGUAAUCGAAGGCGAAGAGGUCCAGACUCAGCGACGGAGUCUUGAGUGCGCAAUCGCGUGCGACGAGCAGAUCGUGGACAGUAGCCGUAGAUGGAGGCUUCGGGGCGUGUAUGUGUUGGCUAUUGAGAAGAGCUGGCCAUUGGUCCGGUAGGCGAUGCGGAUCCCAAUGUGCUCAUUCCGGCAUGUUGACCCAGCGCAUCUGCCGCGUUGUCUGUUUUAGGCUCGCGCCCCUAAACCACUCCCAUACAUACAUGCAUGUGCUGUUCCGUAGACGGGGGCUUUAAGGCCACGUCAACCAUAGCGCCCGAUCUCAUGGCCAUCUGGCCGACAGAUUCAGACAGCCAACUGAACACAUUACCCUCUUAAAUAGAUCUGAGGAGCUCUCACUCAUGGCUUGGGAGGUUGCCAAUCAACGGGGAUGGCUCGGUCGUUCUCAAGACUGGUUGUCAGGCUACGAUUGCUUCUUCUUAGUGUAGCUGUUAUAGCAUUUUCGCCUACAAGAGCGUCGAGAUCUCGAAGUAGAUCUGGUACACGUGGUUUUCGGAACCAGAUCCUAUGGUGUUACGCGUGACAAGCUGCUUGACAUUGUCAAACACAGUCCUCCGCUCGUCCCGCCAUGGGGAGGGGGGGGGGGGGCGGUUGGUAUGAGAAGAUGAGGUCGAUGUGGCGCAAGUCUGCACAAGCCACUGCUGGACCAAUCAUAUGGGACAGCGGUAGACCUCGCUAAUGUACUUGUGCUUGAUACGGCUGCGAUCAUGCCUGAUCUAGCCGGCCUCGACGAUGUCUCGAACUGUACCUCUCCACGCGUGACGAUCCGCGGCAGCAGAUCUGGACAGCUCAACCCACUCCCUUCGCCAACGUCGUAGACCGAAUACCGAAGGUCCAAGAACCACCUCCAUGUCUUGGCGAACUGUGUCGAGCCAGGUUUUGAACUGACCUCCCCUUCGACGCCUCCAAUGGGGCAACGGUGCCGGAUCGAGGUCAGUAACACUGAGCUCCUGAUGUGGACGACGAAGAACAUGCCCAAACCACCUCAGGCGUCUCUCUUGGAUGGCCUGAGUUAUCCUUGCGAUGUUGUCGCAGCGAGCGCGGACCGUCUCAUUUAAGACGAAGUCGGUGAACUUCACUCGAAGGAUGGUCCUCAAGCAGUGGUGGUCAAAUACCUCCAGUUUUCGUUCGUCCUCCACGCGCAAAGCCCAGCAUUCACAACCGCCUGCGGAAUGAUGACAUAAUUUGGAAGUUAGGCUGCGCAAAGAUGCCACUUUGCUCGUUAGACACCCGAGCUCCCCAUCCUCUUAUGCCGGUUGCGCGGAAACUUGGUGACCCGGUGGUGUGCGGUACUCGUAGAUGAACUACUUAGCCUUAUAGGCCCGUGCCGGCCUAUUUCCGGUCUCUUUGAUCCUGUCUUGCCGUUGGAACAUUGGUCACUGCGGUAGGGAAGAGGUGGGGGCAGAUGCGACGCGCGCUAGUCGCCCCGUAGCUCACUGUUUGGGAUAACGGUGGCUCGCAUCGUUUGCGUUGACCAAACUGUCAGACCAAAGGAUGUCAUUGCGGAUGCGACCUAACUGAUUUUAUAGAGCUAACAGUCGUAGUAACUCAAUUUGUGUACACCACUUCGCCUGCCUUCCACCUCCAGUUUGAUUUCUCACCACCGGUUGCCUUUUUAGGCCACCGAAACCAACAAGUGCCUCAUUCGAAUGCAGUACAGGGAACGGGUGGAGUUUGUGAUCGACACAGAAUGCCGGAAGCUGGCAGAAAUCUGGAAGACUCCCAGCUUUCGUUGGAACGCCGCAAACUUCCUCCGCCACCGGAUGGACGACUUUAUUUGA